UUCUCUCUCCCCAACGCGCGAUUUUUCUCUCUAAAAGCCCUAACCCACGACGGCGACUCCAAUCGAUCUUCCUUGGGUUUUCUCCGGUGAUCUGUCCGGCGAAGUGAAGGUUCUGGCUGAGGGCUUCGAUAUACAGCAUGCUCUGAGGCUGUUCCUCGGUGAAGUUACUUGGAUUAUGAAAAAAAAGUCAAAGGAUUGUUGCGGAGCAAGGAGUGGGGCAUUGAGGAGUUGGAAAAUUUUGGGCAUAUUGGAGAGAAAAGCCAAACGCAGGAAGUUUUUAGGCGUGAUCACGAAGUAGGAAGAAUAAAAAUUGCAAAAAGGUCCUUCGGGGUAAAUUAGCAAUUUUAGAAUUGUUUGGUUUAAAGUACAAAGGGGAUCUAAAGAGAUGAAUUGAAAAGGAGAGUUAGGGCCAAUAAAGAAGGGAAAGAAGAAACGCAAAACCACGAUCUCCCCUACAACCCAUUUCUGAAAGAGAAGAGAAGCAAAUGAGGAACUUUAGAGAGCAACGCAGAUGAACUUCCGGGCACCUUUUUCUUCAUUUCUAGAAUUGGUUUGUUGUCAAUUUUUAAACUUGAAGGCAUGAUGAACUCUUUGAUUUAUUUUAUGUUUUUAAUUGCUAUGAUUUGCGAGUAGUUUCAUUUCUAGUGUAGGUAUGAAUUGAUGUUCGGGAUUGAAAUUGUGAGACUUGGUUUCGAUUAAAAUUGGUGUUCAUCGAUGUUGGGUAUUUUUAAUUCUUCUAAUUGAUGAGUUUAGAAAUCUUGAAUUGAUUAUUGCGCACGUAUCAAUUUAGGAUUUCAUAUCUAUAUUGGGGAUUGGCAUAGGUAAUUGUGUAAUUUUCCAAUUGGCGUAGCAAACUAGAGAAGAACACUCUAGGGAAUAAUUAAAAUCAAUUUUUAAAACAUCCUCGUAGGAGCUUGUUAAAUUGAGUUGGGCCUUUCUAUUUUUUUUUACUACUGUUGAGUUAGAAAACUACGGUCAUACCUAGGAUUCUUUCCCGAUUAGAGAAAUAUCUAACGGUCGUACCUUAGCUAUCGAAAAAGUAAGGAAAGGCUGGUUGUAAAUGUGUGUAGAUCAACUAUAACCAAUUUCCAACUAGUUGAUGAAUUUGACUUUUAGUCAAUGAUCAAAUUUUAUAUCCCGAAUGAAAAAUUCAUGCCUAUGCUAGAGUUUAAUCAUAUUUGGUAAACCGCUAAUUUUGCAUUCUAGUUAACUUGCAUUUAUUGAGUAAAUUUUAUUCUUCCUUAUUUAGUGUGAUAAUCAAAUCCCCCCAAUAUAUAUUAAUAUAUUUAUAAUCAAUCAAAUAGAGAAAGAAUUAGUGUUUCCCUGCGGAGACGACCCUACUCACUACUGCUAUACUGCAUAUUGUGGGACGUAGGAAUUGAUAUUUUAUUUGCAGCUGUGCGACAGGCUAGCAAUUUUGGUGCUGUUUCCGGGGAACAGUAUAAGAAGUUUUGAUAUUUGGUUGUUUCUUUUAUUUAUUUAGCUCUAAUUUUCACUUAAUGGUUUCUAGCAAUUGAAAUGAUUGCACGCCGUUUGAGGAAAGAAGCUAGAGAGUGAAAUGAGUCGCCGGAACCUGACUUAGCUAUCCAACUGACUGACACUUCUAGUUCCAAAGAGAGUGAAGAGGCCAAGGGAGUUGAAGAAGUUGUGAUACAUCCAAUGGAACGACAAAGAACUCUUAGGGAGCUAGCUGCUCCCGAUUUAAUUCAGCAUCCAUUGUGUAUUACUUUUCCUGCUAUAGCCGAUAAUACAACAUUUGAGCUUAAAUCUGGACUAAUACAUUUAUUGCCGUCUUUUCAUGGCUUGGCAAGGGAGGAACCACACAAGCACUUGCAGGAAUUCGAUGUGGUGUGUACAAGCGUAAAACCACCAGGAAUCACUGAGGAGCAGAUAAAACUCCGAGCUUUUCCAUUCUCCUUGAAAGAUGCAGCUAAGGAUUGGUUGUUCAACUUGCCCGUCGGGAGUGUGACCAUGUGGAUGGAUAUGAAGCGCAAGUUCCUCGAAAGGUUCUUUCCCGCAUCCUGGGCUGCGAAUUUGCGAAAAGAGAUUUGGGGCAUCAAACAGAUAUCAUGGGAGUCUUUAUACGAGUAUUGGGAUCGAUUUAAUAAGUUAAUUGCUAGAUGUCCGCAACAUCAGAUUUCUGAGCAACUUUUAAUUCAAUAUUUCUACGAAGGACUAACUUCAAUUGAAAGGAGGAUCAUCGAUGCUGCUAGUGGAGGAGCUCUCAUAAACAAGACUCUGAAAGAAGCUUGGGAAUUUCUGAGCGACAUGGCUAUGGACUCUCAACAAUUUGGGCUAAAGGAUGUCGUGGGAGUGAAAGAAGUUGCCAAGGUAAGUUCCCCUAUGCAACAACAAUUGAAUGAAUUAACUGCUUUUGUGAGAAAACUUGUUGUAGGGAUCGCUCAAGUGAAGCCAUGUGGGAUUUGUGCGAGUAUUGAGCAUCCUACGGAUGUUUGUCCUACAUUGACACAAGAGGUCGAAGUGAAUGUUACAGGAUUUGCACAAAGAAGGGCUUAUGAUCCAUAUUCAAACACAUACAAUCCAGGAUGGCGAGACCACCCCAAUUUUUGAUAUGGAAAUCAGAAUCAGCAAUCCUUUGGACAAUAGCAAACACCGGGUUUUCAACCACAUACACAACAGCAGCCACAAAGGACCAUGCCUCGAGCUUCCAUUCCUGAUAACUCCUUGCACGAUAUGGUUAAAACUAUUGCCUCUAAUGUUUUGCAAUUUCAGCAAGAGACAAGAACAAGUAUUAAAAACUUGGAAGAUCAAUUGUGUCAAGUUGUAAAGGAGGUGCGGUAUAUGAAAGAGAGGGAGAAAGGCAAGCUACCGGCUCAAACCCACAUGAACCCAAGCAAUGUUAGUUCAAUGGUCUUACGAAGUGGUAAGGAGCUAGAAGGUCCGAAGGUUGUCGCACAAAAAGAGAAAGCUGAAAAGGAUAUUGAGAAGGAGAUUGAGCCAGAAGUGAACAAAUCAACUGAUCAGGUGAAUUAUAAACCUCCUAUUCAAUCAAAUGCUAAUGUUGUUCCAUUUCCUCACAGGUUAGCAAAACUGGCUAUGAGCGAUAAAGACAAGGAGAUCAUGGAGAUAUUUAAGAAAGUAGAGCUAAGUAUUCCUAUGCUCAAUGCAAUUAAGCAAGUCCCCCAUUUUGCGAAAUUCCUAAAGGAUUUGUGUACCAAGAAACAGAAGUUGAGAGGGGACGAAAAGGUGCUAGCUGAAGAGACUAUGUUCGCGGUGCUGCAAAGAAAAUUGCCACAAAAGUGCGGAGAUCCAGGUAUGUUUGUAGUCCCGUGCAAAAUAGGUAAGAUAACAGAGCUAUGCUAGAUUUAGGUGCAGCCAUUAAUGUUAUUCCUAAGUCUAUUUUUAACUCUUUGAACAUUGGGCCCUUGAAAGAAAUGGGGAUAAUAAUUCAACUAGCUGAUAGAACUAACGCUUACCCCGAAGGAAUAAUUGAGGAUGUUCUUGUGCAAGUGAAUAAGUUAAUAUUCCUGGUUGAUUUUUAUAUUUUAGAUAUGCAUGAUGAUAAUUCGCCUAAUCCUUCAUCUAUUCUUCUUGGACGACCUUUAUGUGCACCGCACAAACAAAGAUAGAUGUUAAAACAGGGACACUGACCAUGGAGUUCGAAGGUGUAAAGGUUCAUUUCAAUAUUUUUGAUGCAAUGGGGUAUCAUGUGGAGCCUAAUACCUUUUAUUGUGUAGAUGUCCUUACUGAAAAUGUGCAGGAAGACUUUGACUUGAGUGGAAAGGAUGAAUUAGAGGUUGCACUUACAAACUGCUUGGACAUGAACUCUAUGGAUGAAUUUCCCAUAAGUGGUGCAUUGGAAGAAAUCAUUCUAGCUUUGCAAUCUCUCACACCUGAACCAUUAAGGUAUGUUGUUGUCAAUUCAGUUUUAACAAAAUCUGAUAAGGGGUUGUUUUCGUCUGUUGUGCAGGCCCCGAUUUUAAAAAUGAAGCCAUUACCAGUAAUCAUAUCUGUUACAUUGUCUUCUAUCCAAGAAGAAAAGUUAAUCCAAAUUUUGAGAGAGCACAAGGAGGCUAUUGGAUGGACAUUAACUGACAUCAAGGGCAUUAGCCCAUUUCUUUGUACCCACAAGAUUGUGCUUGAGGAAGAUGCCAAGCCGAUAAGGCAAGCUCAAAGACGGUUGAAUCCUGCUAUGAUGGAAGUUGUGAAAAAAGAGAUCCUGAAGCUCUUGGAUGAUGACAUUAUCUAUCCAAUCUCGGAUAGCCAAUGGGUGAGUCCAAUUCAUGUUGUCCCAAAGAAGGCGGGAGUUACUGUAGAGGCUGACCACGAUGGUAAGUUGAUACCGGUUCGGAAACAAACUGGUUGGCACCAAUGCAUUGACUACCCUAAGCUUAAUUCAGUAACAAAGAAAGAUCAUUUUCCAUUACUUUUCAUUAAUCAAAUGGUUGAGAGGUUAGCGGGAAAAUCUCAUUUUUGUUUCCUAGAUGGAUUUUCAGGUUAUUUCCAAAUUGCUAUCGCGUUGGAGGAUCAAGAAAAGACGACAUUCACAUGUUCUUUUGGCAUAUUUGCUUAUAGAAGAAUGCCAUUUGGCUUGUGCAAUGCCCCUGCGACAUUUCAACGGUGUAUGGCUAUGGGCAAGGCCAAGAUAUCGGAUCCGGUUACUCCCCGGAUUCCAAUGGCUACGCGGUCGUCGACUAUUUCCAAACAAGGAGGACCUAAAAGGACUAAGGCACAGGCUUUGAAGUGCAAGAGAUCACCUCCGUCGCAAGGUAGAGAUGUGGGUAGCUCUAAUGCUGAAUUGACAAACAUUAUGCCCACAAUUCCAGUCAAUCCCCCUGAUACUACAUUUACCAAUGGCGGGCACGCAAAGGUAAAUCAAUUCAAGUGUUGCCUCCGACUCAUGUUGGGGGCCAUUUACACUCUUUCACACCCGAAGAGCAACAAAGGUAUGAAUUUUUGUGCACCAAGAACGUUUAUUCGGGUAAGUGUAUUCAUGUUGAAACACUUGAGACUUUGGGCAUUAAAGAUGCAGUUUUAGAUUACCUGUCUAACAUUGGUUGGCGUUGUUUGUUCACUUACCCACAACCUAGUUUCAUUGAACUUGCCCUUGAGUUCUUCUCUACAUUUGUGUUUGAACUGCCUAAACAAUUUGAUGUUAUGCAACCUAAUGUGAUUAGAUUUCGCUUGCUUGGUAGAGUUUUUAAGCUUUCUUUAGCCGAAUUGAAUCUACAUUUGGGUUUUGUGACUUCAGAGGAACUUGAUGAUGACUCUUUCAGUACCGCUGCUUGUGCUUUUGUUAAGCCAUUUUCUGUUUCAUUUGAGAAGUUGUGGAGUGAUUUUUUUCCGUGGAUGGGAAAAUUUGUUUUGAUAAUAACUUGCCUGCCCAUCACCUGAAGGACCCUGCCCUUCGUUAUAUACAGCGUUUUAUUGCUUCCUUUAUUUCAGGGCAUCGAGGUACUUCUAGUAUUUUGACAAAAAUUGAGUUUUUCUUUCUCUGGUGUAUGGCUAAUGGCAUUAAGGUUAACUUAGGGUACUGGCUGGCUGUACAAUUUAGUGAAGUGUUUAAGAAGAAAAUUGAUUUGAUUGGUGCCUUGUUCAUUACUACUCUUGCAUUUUGUUUGGGUGUUCUCCCUAGCAUUGAUGAUUCUGUUAUUUCUAGGUUGCGCCUCCAUCAGGUUGGGUCCAUGGAGUACUUAGAUUUGGCGGUGUUAUUCCACAUGGGAAUGGUUAAGAAAAUUAAUAAUGGAUAUCGUCUUGUUACUCUGUGGCGUCGGCCGUCCCAUCGGGAUGCCAUGCAGUUUGAUGCCAACCAAGGGGCGUCUCCUGUCGAUGAUUCUACUGAGGAUGGCGCUCCUUCGAGAUCCGCCACUGGCACUGCUCUACAGGCGCGUGCAACCGAUAUUGACAUUUUGAAGAAGGACAAUGUUGAGCUUCGUAGCAAACUUGAUGAGACUUUGGUUGGACAAGCAACCCUGCAAGGACAGUUGGACUCUAUUGAAAAGCUCUUGCGCCCGUCAUCGAUCCUAGACGGGCCGGUCGCCCCCACCUAUUCCAAGGAAGUUUCUUUUCUCCGUCUAUUUUUGCAAUAGGGACAUUGCAUGAUUUCAGUGUAGGGGGAGAUUAGAACUUUUGAUUCUCUAUAAUGCUUUAUUUUGAUAUACUUCCCUGCAUGUCCUCUUGUGUAUGUCGAGUUGAGAUUGUUGUGCUUUACUUAGUUUAUUAGGAUCUUGACGUGUUGUUGAUGAAGUUAGAUGAUGUGUGUGCUUAGCCUUCUAACAAAGAA